GUAAGAUGUACGUGUUUGCAUUCAUCAAGUUUACAACAAAGGGUGGAGCUUUGAAGGCUAUUGCAGAGAUGAACAGAACGAGGCUAAGAGGGAAGAUCAUCUCAGUCAGAGAAGCGAGGUAUCGACAUAAGAAUGACACGGAGUAUAGUAAGGGGCUUCAAGAGGCGGGUGAUGCCCAGAAUGGUGUGAAAAUUCAAACUCAACCUGAGGAUAGCACGAGGUUUCUGAGGAAAAAUGUGAAAGAGGUGAGAGAGCAGGGGAAAAAGAAAGAUCCACAUGGCAAUGGAUGGACGAAGAAGAUAGAAAUUCCAGUGGCAAAAGUAAACCUAGAAUGGCUACAGAGGAGCCUCAUAGGCGGGGCGACGAAGGCUAUGAACCUCCCAUCUCUGAUGUCUAUGAUUAGGAAGAAUCUGCCUCAAGUGGUGCAUGUGCGAGAGCUAGGAGCGUAUAAGGCUCUCAUGACUUUUGAUAGUGUAUUGAGUGCAGAAGAAGCCUACACGUUCAAAAUGAACAAUAUGUUGCAAUUUUUCCACAACGUAUGGAGAUGGAAUGAGGAGGAACGUAGUAAAACUCGAAGGGUCUGGUUAGAAUGUUUCGGUGUUCUAUUGCAUACGUGGUCAGUGGAGACAUUUAAGGUCAUAGAAAGCCAAUGGGGAGAAGUGAUUGGAUGUGACGAAGCCACUAAAUCUUGCCUCUCAUUUAGCGUUGGACGGGUACAAAUUGAUACUUGUAUCAUGGACGCCAUCAACGAAUGAAUCCACGUCACAGUUGGCACU